AUGCGUAUGUUUAUUAUCCCUUGCUGCCUGGCCCUGCUGGUGGCAUUGGCCACUGCUGAGGGAAAUGCUGCAUCGGAACAGCAGGCGGCUGCCGAAAAGAGAAGCGCAGAAGCUGAGCCAAAGGAUUCUCAACGUCUGGAGAAACGAGGAGCAUCGCUAGACGAAUGGAGUCAACUAUCUCACGGUUACGCUGACCAGCAUAGCUACCAGCAGUAUCAACCCCAGGUGCAGUACCACCAGCAACAUCAUCAUCAUCACGUAAAAUACGAAGAACCGAUCAAGACGAUCACAAUCGAGAAGAAGAUCCCGGUCCCCUACACCGUGCACAAGCAUUUCCCCUACACGGUCGAGAAGAAGGUACCGUACGAGGUGAAGGUCCCGAUCCCGAAACCGUACUUGGUAGAGAAGAAGGUUCCGGUGCACAUCAAGGAAUACGUCAAGUAUGCCGUGCACGUCCCAGAACCCUACACCGUCUACAAGAAGAUCCCGUACGAGGUGAAGGUCCCGGUAGACAAACCGUACGAGGUGAAGGUACAUGUCCCGAAGCCGUACAUUGUCGAAAAGAAGGUCCCGUACGAGGUGAAGGUUCCGGUUCCGGUGCCGGUCACAGUCGAGAAAAAGGUACCGUAUGAGGUUAAGUACGAGGUGGCCGUACCCAAGCCGUACACCGUCUACAAGAAGGUCCCGUAUGAGGUGAAGGUCCCAGUUGACAAGCCGUACAAGGUUGAUGUGUUGAAGCCGGUGAAGGUUGAGGUCCUGAAGCCGUACCCCGUUGUCGUUGAGAAGAAGGUCCCGUAUGAGGUUAAGGUGCCAGUUGACAAGCCGUACGAGGUGGAGGUACCGCGCCCGGUAAAGGUUGCCGUUAAAGUGCCCGUCCCGGUUCCAUACACCGUCGAGAAGAAGUUCCCGUACACGGUGGAGAAACCCGUGCCAUACGAGGUGAAAGUGCACAUCGAUCGCCCCGUGCCCGUCUACAAGGAGGUGAAGUUUGCCGUGCAGAAGGAAGUUCCGGUGCCGGUGAAGGAGAAACUUAUCGUGCCAGUGCCGGUAAGCGAAAAGAAGCCAGAAACGGAGUACCACCAGGAGCAGCACCCGGAGCACGAACAGCAUCAACACGUCCAGUACGAACAGCAGCAGGAGCAUUUCUAUCACGAACAGCCUCAGGCGCUAGCUUACCAUCAGGAACCGCAGGCCUACCACCAGGCUGAGGCUGCCCAGGCCGCUUACCAGCAAGAACUUCAGCAUCACCACCAGCAGCAGCAGCACCAGCAGCACCAGCACCAACAGCAACAGCUCCAGCAGCAAUACCACCAACAGCAGGAGCAACAGUAUCACCAGUACCAGCAGCAUCAGCAGCAGAUCUACAACGCUCAUCAGCAGCAACAGUACCAGCAGCAGGAGCAAAACCAUCACCAGCAGCACUACGAAUCGCACUAA